AUGACACGUUCUCCACUCUUUUCCUUACCCCGAGCAUUAUACUUGUUAAUCGCACGUUUUCAGAGCAGAAAUGUGAUUUCUUUUUUCAGUGGGAGGAAACUUCACUCGUUUCGACGUGGUCUUUCCACAAACAACGCUCAACAUCAAAAAUCUCAAACAAGAGAGGAAAAAGAACUUUACCUUCGCUUGACAAAGAGUUUUCGUGAGAAAUUAGUGCUGAAGCCACAAAAGCCCGAAAAUCUAUAUGGAAAAGUCAUAGAAACUUCAAUAUUAGAUACUUUAAAAGUAUUAAGAGGUUCCAAUUCUGGGGAAUCCGAAAAGCUCAUGGUAGACGUUAACUCUUCGAAUCAUGGAAGACUAACAAAAUCAGAAUUAGUAAAACUGGUCAAUAAGAUAAAGGCGUCCACGAUUCUAAAUGAUGUGCAACAACUGAAGAAUAUACACGAGGACAUGAAACAUUUAAACAUUACGGACAUUAACAUUUACAAUAGGAUCCUCCAAGGAUUUAUUUUGUGUAAGGACAUCGAAUUUGCUUCGAGGGUAUAUGAGGAAAUUCGAAAUAAGGACCUUUUGCCUAACAUAAGAACUUUAACCACGCUUCUUAACGCCACGAUGGGCACUCCUUCGGCUCACGAGUAUUUUCAAGAAAUUCAAACCCUCAAGCUCAAAUUAUCAUCAAUUUUUGAUGUCAAUACUAUAUUACGAUAUCACAUCACCCGGAACGACAAUGACUCAGUACAAAGAUUAUGGCAGGAGUUGGUUAACCAAACCCCCAACAUACAGGCGACAUUAAUCAACGAUAAAGGAGAGAGGUUAAAACCCAACUCAUUUUCUUAUUCAUUAUAUACAGGAUUCCUUUGUAAAAAUGGCAUGUUUGAUGUCGCCAUCGAAACCUUACGAACCAUGGAGCACGGAGUUCAGCCGAAUUCAGUAAAUUUUCUACGACAUGUGAUCCAACCCCUUGCACAGAAUAACCAUCCUACGGAAGCUUGGCGAUAUUUGAGUGAUAUUAGAAGGAAAACUGUGCAUCCUCGAAAUAUCUAUUCAAAAUAUUACACUUUCAUUAUCGAAGCCUUCGUUCAGAGGAACGAUCUGAAUUCGGCGGGAAGAGUGUUCGCGGAUAUGGAAGAAAUUGGUGUGGACCUGGACCCCAGAGCAAAAGAGAUAUAUGUUUGCAUACGAGAGGCAUUAAAUGUCAUAAACGAGGAUCCCGAAGAUGAAGCAAUUUUGAACGAAUAUAAAAUUAUUUAA